AUGGCUGAGCUCUUUCCUUUGAGCUUGAUAGUAUCGGCGCUUCAAGUGUGGCCCCAUAACUUUCAGAUCUCGUCUGCUCUGUAUCUGCACCAUUGCGUUUGUCACUCCGCGAUCAUCUCAAUAUACAAUUUUUCAUCAUCCGAGCAUGACAAGCACAAAGAUGCAUUGUCGUUACGAAGGGUAACUCUUUACGAUAGCUGGCUGGUUCUCUGGUGGUUGCCCCUCGGUGCCACCAGAAUGAGUUAUGGACAGCAACCAAACUAUAAGGUUACCACACGCUCGUAUGUUUCGCCAACGGCAUGGAACGGCGGGAAUAUACCUUUCGGUGAUGGCGGAUGGGAAUACUCUGUAUACAAAUCUAGAAACCUUGAUGACUUCUGCUCACCUAAUAAUUCACAUGUCCAGAAGGGUAAACUCAAAUCUCGGACAGCAUCCGCACAAUCAAACAUUUCCGCACUCGGAGCUGGGAUCCCGUCAAAGUAUCAGCCAAUAGGAAUCAAACGAGUUUAG